AUGGAUGAAUACCGGACUUUACCCCCAGAGUUCCGCCGUAACCGGGCUGUUGGAGUCGAGGAGAUUCGCCAGCCUUGGCAUGGAGACAUACUGCAGCAGUCCAGGAGGAGAGAAUCCGAUCAAUGGAGCAAGAACCAUUUAGAAAAUAAUACUUAUGAAGGAGCAGAGACUCUGGACUCGGGUGGCACACAUUCUGAUACUCCUAUUGUUACGGAUUGGACAUACGAAUGCAAGGACAGCGGGCUGCGCUUGACGGUCCUACGAGUGUUUGUACUUUUCGCGGUUCGACACGGCCAGCCACAUCGACGACCCGAGGGCCAUCGAGCAAAGUCCGCACGACACUGUGGCUUGGGGAUGCACCAGGAAAGCUUAAAACCCCCUUGGAGCACAUUGAAUCAUGUCCGCAGCACCGCCUACCAGAUCAUGAGCAUUCCCAUCCCUGAACCUGUGAGGUACAUACUCAAGGAGGCUCAACCUGUUCGACCUAUGGAAGGGACACCUGGCUGA